CGCAAAAUCUUGCCCGUGACCCUUAUAUUCAAUUACCGCUAAUCUGCUCGGAGUGGAAUUGCUCGAUUCAUACGCGGCAGUAUCGCGUCGAUUUGACAGGUGUGACAAUAGGCUUACCGUUUUAUCGAUUUUCACCGCCGAUUAAGCGACCGAGGAAUCGCGUUUAUUUCGCGGGAACGGUUUCGUGACUCGUUCGAUCUGUACGUUGCGAUUUCCGUCGGCUGAUUGGUUUCUAACGGGUUCGAAGGUCAUCGUUUGGAAAUACUGCCAAGCAUUUUAGGUUAUGUUUAUUAUGUCAGCGACGUUUUACGAUGGUCGGACACGACGCCACAGAGACGAGAGUUUUUAGCUUACUAAAGCCUCUCGACUCGAUAAACAACGCACGAUCUCUGUAAAGGUGAGAAAUGAUUCACGUAUAAAGUGUGCAACGAAGCGAGAAAUAUGUAUGGUGCAGUGCGUGAAGAGGUCUCCGAAAGCUGGUUACACACGUACGACUUGAGCAGUACAAUGAUUCCUAAUGUUAGUUCGCCAGUGAAUGAUGAGGAGCAUGUCUGCAAGAUGAUCUUGUACAAAGAAAUCAAAGAUUCAAGAGUACGAAUAUGGGACAUUGUCAUAUUGAUACCAAACCUCUUGUUUCUUUUAUUCAUCGCAGUGAGAUUUAAUAGAGCACGGCUUAAAUUGAGAGCAACGAGUAGUCCAAUAUUUUUAGCAUUUUACGGACUUGUCAUUUGUAACGUAGUGAUUUCAGUAAUAAGAUGUAUCGUUUCAAUGAGUGUAAAUGCGGCAGCUACCGUUGGUGGCAAAGCAGAUAAAAUACUGUGGGUAACAGUGAGAUUUUUCCUGUUGUCCACAGAGAUGAGCGUGGUUAUAUUUGGUUUGGCUUUUGGACAUUUGGAUAGUCGCUCAAGUAUUCGUAGGGUAUUACUUGCCACGUCAUUGAUAGCAUUGGCUUUUACUAUAACCCAAGGAACCUUGGAGCUAGUUUUACCAGACGAUACAUUCCAUAUCCCUAGUAGAGAUUUUUAUGUGUUUGGUCAUGGAGGAAUGAUGUUUUGGUUUUGCAGCAGUCUUGUUUUCACGAUGAUAUAUCUUUUUAUAUUAAUACUGCCAUGGACACGGUUACGAGACCGUUUAACCCUUCCAACAAGAAAAAGUUUUUACAUUUACGCUGGUACAUUAGCCAUGCUAGAUCUAGUACAAUCAAUUGGCGCAGGCUUUUUAAACUACACACAAAACAUGGUAGGAUUAUGCGUCGUGGAUUUCACUGCGGCGGUUUAUUUGACACUUUUUACACCCUUGGUUUAUCAUACAUUCCUGUCUGAGUUCUUUGGGGUCUCGCAACCUUCGAUAAUGUUCUCUUACAAGGCACAAGUAGACGAUGCAAUGGAUGAAGACACGGUGUCGCUGCCGCAUCAACAGAGCUUCUCCUCGUUAAAAACAGACAGCGAUUAUAUUUAUCAGGUCCACACUCCAUCUAUUCACAUGCCCUUGUAUGGUUCACAAGCGUUUAAACCCCCUUCAAAGCAUAAAUCCUCUUCACACUCCUUGGCAUCGACAAAAGACUCGAAAACUGGUAGCGGGCACAUCUACGACUCCCCGGUCGCUUUAUACCGAUCCACAUCCGGCAUUAAAAGCUUCUCUAGGCGCCUGAGCGCAGAGAAGAGCCCGUCCAGCCUCAAGAAAUAUCCCCUAACGAAAUCCGACAAUUUCAUCGAUUCCAAAAACAGCUCGCUAGACUUGAAAUUGACUCACCAUACCUGGAAGAGCAAAUCUGCAUCGCAGUUCAAGUACGGUGGGCCUAGUAGCGUUUCGAAUUUGCUUUUCUCGCCGAACACCGCUAGUAGCUUCUUGUACAAAUCCGGUGCAAACGAUAGUAAUACCAAUUUAUUCUCCUUGGCGAGAAAGGGUAGCUUGAUGCACGAACGAAAGCGAUCGGAGGGGAACGUGUCCAGCCAGUUUUUUGAAAUUCCACCGCUUGAGAACACGUUGCAAUCCAUUCUGGAUAGCAGCACCAACGACGGCUCCGAAGUGAAACGUAGCACGUCGAGCCGAGAGUCUUCGAGAAAAGAUAACACGGCUGCGCGAGACUCGCAGAACAUAGAAAAGAAGGAAUCGAGUCGUUUGAUGCAACAGACUGACGCUGCAGUGUCUGAGAUUGAUGUUGGGGACACGUCUGACUCGAUAGAUGCUUCAACCGUCAGGCAACAACUGUUAUCGAAACCGGCUUCUUCGACGAGCGAAGAAGCGUACGAAAAACGAAAAAAGAAAGAUACAAAGAAAAAGGAGUCCGGUGGAUUGAGUGAUUAUUUAUUGUCUCUGGCAGUGUCGAUAGAUGAGAAGGAAGAGAAAGAUACCGAAGUCGAUCCUAGUCCUUUUCCCUCCCGUCACGUUAAAUCUUACACGCAGACUGAAUCGUUGUAAAUAUUCGUUUUAAACAACCGGCAUAAAGUCUAAGUCAUUAGUAGUAUGUAAGUCAGUUUUCAACCUCUGAACCUCAAAAUUCCGCUUAUUUUAUCAAUUCGAACGCGAUGAAGUUUCAUUUUUGGAACGGAGAAAUUAUAACGCGUACUUUGUUAAAUAACUAUAUAGAUGUAUCAUAGUGUAAAAUAGAGGUGCGCACAGAGAUGCUUUAUUAUCUGUACAUAUAAAGCAUGUUUUAGAUUUAAUUAAACUCAUUAAUGUAGCCGA